UUUCUUGAAAGCGGAAGUCGGAUGCCCAAAUAUUUAUUAGCCAUGAACAAUGUUUACAAACAAAACGCGCCAGAUGAAACGAUAGCCAUAUAUAUUAGCCCCCCUGUAGAUCUGUUGGUUCGAUACAAUGCUAUAUCUAGUUGGCUUUUGGCGUUAUAUGGGAAAUUACGAAGCAAUUUUUGGAGGCGAUAAUUGAAAUUCUACCGAUUAGAGAAGCUUUUUGGCCGCGCACCGUAAAGUCCAGAAUCCAAAGAUCAUGUGCAGCUGCGGGCAGUUCAAUCCCUUCUACAUUGGACCCUAUCCGGAGUGCGCCUGUGGGGACUGUCCGUAUGGGAAGUACUCGGGAUUCACGCGAUGUGGUUGGAGUGGAGGCAAUGGACCCUUUGGCACCACCUUCCGUGAUCCCUGCUGCGGGGAUUCCCGCUACGGAGGUGGAGGAGUUGAAGGAGGAGGAUGUGGAAGUGGAGGUGGCUGCGGACCCAGCUGGAAUCCCUUCUGUAGUCCUUCCUAUGGUUCCUGCUAUGGAUCGUCCUGUGGUCCCCGUCGUCCCCAACCUUCCUGUCGAUCUCCUUGUAGAGCAGACUGCGGCAUGAUGUGCUCCAGUAGAGUUGGCUGCUUUGGCCAAUCCUAUGGCCAAUCCUGUCGCACAUCCUGCUGUUCCUGCUUUUGAGUACUGUAAUCCCACAUCCACCCAUACUGCUGUGGCCUUUGGACUUUACUGUGUGCGGUUAAUUGGUUUCUUGAGCAAAAUUGAUUGUAAAGCACGAA